AUGUCCCAUAGCCCUGACAUGAAGGACGACCCCAUGGAGUGCCCCCUGUGCAUGGAGCCGCUGGAGAUCGACGACGUCAACUUCUUCCCCUGCACCUGUGGCUACCAGAUCUGCCGCUUCUGCUGGCAUCGCAUCCGCACGGACGAGAACGGUCUUUGCCCGGCCUGCAGAAAGCCAUACCCAGAGGACCCCGCUGUGUACAAGCCUCUGUCACAGGAGGAGAUCCAGAGGAUAAAGAAUGAAAAGAAGCAGAAACAGAACGAGAAGAAGCAGAAGGUGACGGAAAACCGUAAGCACCUGGCCAGCGUCAGAGUGGUCCAGAGAAACCUGGUAUUCGUGGUGGGUCUCUCGCAACGCCUCGCCGACCCCGAGGUCCUAAAACGACCGGAGUACUUUGGGAGGUUUGGGAAGAUCCAUAAAGUGGUCAUAAACAAUAGUACAUCUUAUGCAGGGUCACAGGGGCCGAGCGCCAGUGCAUAUGUCACCUACGUCCGCUCCGAGGACGCUUUAAGAGCAAUACAGUGUGUGAACAACGUGGUGGUUGAUGGCAGAACACUCAAGGCUUCUUUAGGCACAACAAAAUACUGCAGUUACUUCCUCAAAAGUAUGCAGUGUCCUAAACCUGAUUGUAUGUAUCUACAUGAGCUAGGAGAUGAAGCAGCUAGCUUUACUAAAGAUGAAAUGCAGGCAGGGAAACAUCAAGAAUAUGAGCAAAAACUUCUGCAAGAUCUGUAUAAAUUAAACCCUAGCUUUUUACAACCUCCAUCAUGUGGAACAGAAAAGUCUAAAUCAAAAUCAGGCUUAACACAGAGCCCCAGUGACAAACCUUCAGAGUCAAUUGGUUUGGUCAAUGGAGAUACUUUACAACAGAUCCCCACAAGUGACUCCCCGUCCCCUCCUCCCGGUUUAACCAAGCCCAGUUUGGUGGUGCCCAUCAGCGUUUCGGACCUCACGGCCCGCUCGCCCUUCGAGGGCGCGGCGGCCGAGUCGCAGUCGCUCUUUUCAGACAACAGCAAUUUCAGACAUCCCAACCCACUUCCCAGCGGUCUGCCUCCAUUUCCCAGUAACCCUCGCAGUUCGGACUGGCCUAUGACUCCUGAACCACAGAGCCUCUUUACGUCAGACACGAUACCAGUGUCAUCGUCCACCGACUGGCAGGCGGCCUUCGGCUUCGGCUCGUCCAGCAAACAGCAGGACGACGACCUGGGUUUCGACCCGUUCGACGUCACCCGAAAGGCGCUUGCCGACCUGAUCGAGAAGGAGCUGUCGGUGCGGGAUCAGAGCCCCGCUUCCCCCGUACCGCCCGCCCAGGGCAACCGCGGGCCCGGCCUGCCGCCCUCCAACGGCAACACAGCUCACUCUCGCCACUUCCCCAGUGGCCAGCCCCGCGUCCCCCAGAUCCACCACAGAGCCAUCUACAGCUCCUUCAGUUUCCCCGGCAGUCAAAGCAACCAGGCUAGUCAACAACAACAGCAGCAGCAGCAACAACAACAGCAGGCCACCAGACACCCGUGGAUGGGCGCCCCCUCGCGGAAUAACCUCACACACUUGAACCACUCAGCCAGUGCUGCCUCACACAGUCAUUUCUUGGACCUCAAUCUUCCUCCUCAUCACAGCACAGGUCUGGGAGGAAUCCCCAUCUCAGGUAGGCCCUGCUCAAUAGAAGGCCUGAAUGUGAAAGAGUGGCAAGACGGCCUCCGAGCUCUUCUGCCCAACAUCAACAUCAACUUCGGGGGGCUUCCCAGCUCAUCGUCCUCGUCGUCCUCCUCCUCCUCAAACAGUGUUAACCACAUCGGCGGGCCCGUGGGCGUUUCGCACAGCCUGAGCUGGGACAACACAGCCAGCUGGAUGGACCCCGCAAUCAUCACGGGCAUCCCGGCGUCGGCGGGCUCCAGUUUAGACUGUCUCCAGGAUGACAACCCUCCCCACUGGCUCAAGUCCUUGCAGGCGCUCACAGAAAUGGACGGUCCGGCCGGCUCGGCGGCGGCGCCCACCCCACAGCCCCUCCACGGCGCCGUCCUGGACGGUCACCUCCCCCUCCACCACAGAGCCGCCGCCGGGUGGGCCGCUUACCUGCCCCCCACCGCUGCCGCCAACCCCGCCAGCCAGUUCCACUCUCCCCCGCCAGGCUUCCAGACCGCCUUCAGACCCCCGGGACAGGCCGCCACAGAGUUGCUACAGAGCGCCGCCGCGGACCGCCACUAA